AAUACUAAUAAUACUUAACCACUUAAACACAUAGUUUAAUUAUAAAGUUGGGUCGGGGUGUUACAAAAAUAAUGGCAUUUGUGGGGGAGGAAUUAGUGGUUUGGAAUAAAUAUCCAAUAGAAGAAAUAUGAGUUAUUGAAGAAAAUGAAGAUAUUAACUCAAUAGAAAAUGAGUUUAAACUUUUUGUUGGUCAAUAUUUUCUUAGUGAAGAAGAGGUUUUCAUUUUCUAUAAAAAUUAUGCAAAUCGAUAUGGUUUUAUAAUUCGAAAAUGUCGUUUUGUCACAAAAAAUGGAGAAAAUGUAAGACAUGAUUUCUUUUGUCAUCGAGAAGGUAGACAACAAUUAAAAAUAGUGGAUUCAUCUAAGAAGCAAUGAAAUAGGAUAUCUACAAGAUGUGGAUGCAAAGCUCAUCUAAGAAUCACAUUGCGAAAGUCAUUUGACAUUUUUCCACGAGAAUGGCAUGUCACUAAGUUUGUUAUAGAUCACAAUCAUGAAUUGUUGUCCCUUUCGGAAGUGAGAUUUCUUCCAGCCAAUCGAGUUAUCACUAUGAAGAUAAAUAUCGCAUUCUCUUAUUGCAAAAUUGUGGACUUUCAGUUAGGCAAAUAAUACAUGUUAUGGAGCUUGAGAAAGGUGUGAAGCAUGGAGAUCUUCCAUUUUUUAAAAGAGAUAUCCAUAACCUUUAUGUGAAAAUGAGAAGGAUGCAUACAAUGAAUGAUGCUAUGGGUCUCUUACAAUUGUGCAAAGUUAAAAGAAUUCUAAAUUUCAAUAUGCAUAUACAACUGAUGAAGAGAGUAGGUUGGAGCAUAUUUUUUGGGCACCUACUCCUUGUUUUGAUUGGUACCAAAAAUAUGGAGAUGUAGUUGUUUUUUAUACUACUUACAAAGUAAAUACAUAUGGCAUGCCUUUUGGUAUUUUUGUUGGUAUCAAUAAUCAUGGAAAGAAUAUUCUCUUUGGUUGUGCACUUCUUCGAAAUGAAACAACUAGUGCAUUUCAAUAGUUAAUGAAGAAUUUUGCAAAUUUAAUGAAGAAGUCACCUAAGGCAAUUUUAAUAGACCAAGAUCUAUGGAUCACAGAAGCAGUAUCAAAAGAAUUGCUAUCCACAAAACAUGUUUUUUGUAUAUGGCACAUUACUGCUAAAUUUAGUGGUUGGUUUACGGAAAUUCUUCAUAGUCAAUAUUCAAAUUGGUGCAUGGAUUUCUACAAUCUAUAUAAGUUAAACUCAUGUGAAGAAUUUGAGCAUCAAUGGUCUCAAGUUAUGGCAAAAUAUGACAUGCUUACUAACAAGCAUGUAAGUGGUUUAUAUCAAAUCAAGCAUUUUUGGGUACCAUGUUACCUUUGUGGCUAUUUUUUUGGAGGAAUGACAAUAACCAGAAGAUCCGAAAGUAUAAAAGCAUUUAUCAAAUGGUUUGUUAGUUCCUACAUAAACUUGAUGCAAUUUAUUGAACAAGUUGACCUUGCCAUUGAAGAUAUUGAGCAAACACAAUCACAUGAUACAAUGUUGGAAAAAUAUAGAGGUUCUUCUUUAAGGACAUUGUCACCGAUAGAAGAACAAGCACAUAGUGUCUUGACACCCUAUGCUUUCAAAAAUUUUCAAGAGGAGUUUGGAAGAGCCACACAAUAUUCGGUGCUUCAAGAAAACGGUAUUGAAUUUGUGUUGCAAUAUUAUGAAGAAAAAACCAGUCAAAAGCACUUGGUCUUAUGGGAUGGUGAGAUGACUAGUUGUAGUUGUAAGAAUUUUGAAUUUUGGGGUAUACUUUGUCGUCACACACUUAGUGUAUUCAUUCACAAAGAUUGUUACCAAAUUCUAUCUUUGUAUCUUCCACCACGUUGGUGUCGUGAAACAUCAUUAGGUGGAAAAGAAUUGAUAGUGUUGAGUGAUGAAAAUUUAGUGGACAAUGAAAAUAUGGUUGAUGCUAAUGCUAAUGAUGCUAUUGAUGGAGAUUGUUUUGUUCGUUGUCCUCUACUCUCAAAUAUGAAAGGUCACCCAAAGUAAAACAGGAUGAAAGGUGGAAAGAAUUGGGAAAGCAAAAGAGAACUUGUGGGUUUUGUAAGCAUGUUGGCUAUAACAUCUCUACAUGUCUGAAGAAGGAGAAGGAAAACUCGACUUCCUCAAAUGGUGCAAAGAAAAUGAAAAAUUGUACUUCAAUAGAUAUAGGAUUGAACCCAAUAUUUUAUUUGAAAUGUUAG